UUAGUAAACAGUACUUAAAAACCAUAGUACAUAAAUAUCUAUGGCAUGAACAGGCUUUAAGCACGAAUUGUAACAGAACUGUAGGUACCAGUGCGAUAAUAUUGACUCGGCUAUUGGAUCUUUGAGCGCAAACUUAUUUAUUGGAAAACUGAUCAAUUAACUUACCUGGAACUAAUGGGAUACGAAGGUAGAAAUAGCAGAAAGAAAUUUGUUGAUGUACGUAUCGUUCGUAGCAAAACUGGACAUGCUAUAUUAAAAGGCUGCUCAUUCUAUAAUUUGACAUUGGACCGAGAUUUACGGCGUUUAUCCAAAGAUGUAAUUGAUAAAAUAAACACUAUUAAUUAUCGGAUGAGACUCUUAUCGUUACAGUCAGCAAACAGAAUGAAAAGGAGUGAAAAGUUAGUUAAAACUUUUGACUUGCCACCUCUCAAAGCCAAACAAGUUCCGAUAGCUUCCGUCGGAAAGGAUAGUAAAAAGAUUGCGGAAGUAACCUCUCCAAAACAGUCAGACACAAGAAAGGGAUAUAACCAAUUGUUAGGGCUUCGACAAGACAUGCGCUCUGCAUCUCCAACUGAUGGAAGGGAUUAUAGGAAAAUGUUUUAUUCCCCUGCACCUCGUUCCGACAAUGAUUUUGAAGAUGAAAAUGGAGACCAAAGUGUUACAUUAAUUGAGGAACAAACUGGAACUUUUCCCCACAUCAAAGUUGAAAAAUGUGAUGAAAAACUACCACCAGUGGGGAAGCCAGUUCAGGGUCUUCCGGAAUAUGCUCAAAAGAAACCAGAAAGAAGUGCCAGCUCGAAUAGCUUAGAAGUUCCAUCACCGAUGAUGAAACGGCGGAGCCAAGAUGGAAAAUGUGUAACAGUUCUUACUCCUAAUAUGCAGUCUAAUUUUAGUCAUUCCGAAAGCAGUAUUGUAGAUGCAAUUCAGCAAGAUGAUGAUGAUUCAUUUGAAAAGGGAACCAAUUCAAUUAUAAAGCCUUUGACAAUUACAUGUGGUAAAACAAGGUCAACAGCGAGAGGUCAAACUACUAAUCAUCUAACAACAAAGAGAACAGUUUCAAGAUCUCUAUCUCCGCGGCCAAGGUUAACAAAUAGGACACAAGCUACACCAACGUUGGUCAUUAAAGGAUCUAAUCAUCCGAAUUAGUAUGCAAUAUACAAUGUACCUGUUUUGUUUCUUUUUGUUAUUGAACCAAUAAUCAUAAGGCAGUGUUUGUAUGCAUAUUAUGUAAUUGGCAUAUAUUUAUAAAUCUAUAAUAUAUACAAAUAUUAUCAAUAUAUUGCUAUGGAAUCAAACAAUUAUCUGUGAAGCGGUGAAAUCAAUAUCAUAAUUGUUUUUGUCAACUGUGUAAAACACAUUAGUAUUAGUGGAUCUAUGACAUAUUACAAAAAGGGAUUAAGUAAUAUUUGUAAGUACAAAAAUGUAUCACUGCUGAUUCCAUAAAGCCCACAGUGUUAGUGUCCUAUUUCGUCACGACUUGAUAAUCUGGUUCCCUUUUCUUCUGCUAUGUAUAAUACUUCUUGAUUUUUUGUCAUGAAUGUAUGAAGAGGUUGCAACAGACAUUUUCAUUUAAAACUAUUUGAAGGAAUAAAAACAAAUCUGGACACUUUUAUACAAAAAGGUCACUUUAGAUGUCACUAUGACAUCACAAAGAUGUCGAAAUUGACAUAAUUUACCUAAGCUACCAUUUUAAGCUUUGUUUCCAAUGAAAAUAUAUAUGUGCCUUACCCAAAAAAUUAUUUUACACACAUUUGCAUCUAUGUAAAAUACAUCUUGUAACACAUUUUCUGUUAG